AUGGGCUCACGAAUUCAUACGAUUAACGACUUUGGAUAUGUUGUACUGGAAAUCGAUUGGCUUUUCCCACGCGAUUCCGGUGUUUAUAAAUGUGUGGCCACUAAUGCCUGGGGUUCGGACACAACGCAGGCUGUGGUGAACGUGAAGGCCAAAAAGGAUAUCGUAGUCGACAGUCAAUUGCCUCCCGGAGUGUCGUCACAGCUCUGGAAGCGUCAGGAAUACGCUCUCAUUCAGGAGGGCUUAUCCGAAGAGGUGUCGCAACAAACGCCACGAUUUGUCACAGAAAUGAAAUCAUUGGAUCACUUGACAGAAGGCGAUAACAUUCACUUCGAGUGCCGACUCGAGCCCAUAAGCGAUGGCCAGUUGACCGUCGAGUGGCUCCAUAACGGGCAGCCCUUGCGCUCCGGCCAUCGGCACAAAGCUAUACACGACUUUGGUUUUGUCUCUCUCGACAUACUGUCCGCAUAUCCAGAGGAUUCUGGAGAAUAUAUUUGUCGCGCGAAAUCACCGAAAGGCGAGACUGAGAUCAGGGCUACAGUGAAAGUGAAGGCCAGACCCUCACUCAUAACGACUUCACAGUUGCCGACAGAGAUGUCAUUAGCGAUCAACCGAAUGAUAGAAACGGAGUCUUCAACACAAUUAAUCGAGACGACCGAAGAGGAGAUUAGAAGAAUGGCACCAAAUUUUGUGUUAAAACCCGAACCGUUGGUUGUGUUAGAGGGAGAGUGC